CUGUGCUGGUUGAGUCUCAAGCUUAUCAAUGUGUUGUGUCUAAUUCUUGUGCUUGAACACUUGUUAAUCUUGUGAAGGUCUGCAUGUCGACAUUGAGCUGCAAGGAGGGGAAAAAGUGCUGAUCUGCUCCGAUUGAGAGCAAAGUUGAACUCUACUGUAUAAAGGCAGAACUUUGUGGCGAUCAGGAGACUUUCAGCAGCAGCAGCAGCAGCAGUGUUUGUUAUACUUGCACCAAGAUGCUGAACAUCAGUGAUCUGCCUUCGCAGCUCCUGCCUUCCUGGACCUCAGACCGGCUUCUGCAGCCUCUCUGGGAUUAUUUGCUUUUUCACCACCUGCCUCUCGUAUCAUCUCCUUUUUUCCCAGUCCUACUUGCUUUUUCCAGUUAUUUCUUCUUCAGCUUACCUUUCGCUGUGCUGGACCUCCUGGGAGAAAAGGUGCCUUCCAUGUAUCAGUACAAGAUCCAACCAGACAGGCAGCCAACAGUGAGGAUGAUGGUGAAGAGCUUCCUCAAGGCGAUGUAUAACCACAUCUUCUUUGUUAUUCCAUCUGUAAUAAUCAGCAUGUUCAUAUUGCCUGCACCAAUUCUGCCACAUGAGGCUCCUACUCUGUGUGAGGUUUUCAUCGAUGGACUGGCUGUGCUUCUCGUCUUUGACACACAGUACUACAUUUGGCACUUCAUACAUCACAAGCAUUCACAGCUUUACCGCUGGAUUCACGCCAUCCACCACGAAUACGUGGCGCCCUUCUCAUGGUCGACCGAGCAGCUCAGCAUCCCGGAGCUGAUGACCGUGGGAGUGUGGAGCAACCAGGACCCUAUUGCUUUAAAGUGUCACCCGCUGACCACGUGGUGCGUCACGAUCUUCAGCAUCUGGAUGUCCGUGGAGGACCACAUAGGCUACGACCUGCCGUGGACCCUCAACCACCUGGUGCCUUUUGGUUUGCUGGGUGGUGCUCCGGCUCAUGAUAUGCACCACCAGAGGCCGAGCAGCAACUACGCUCCUUUCUUCAGUCACUGGGACAUCAUCUUCGGCACCAGCGUUCCUCUGAAGAAAAAGACUUUGAGAUGA